CGAACUCCUCCGCGGGUGUCGGGUACGCACAUUGUGAGUUGUGACAUUGUAACAGUGUACGUCGUUAUUCGUUAGUAAUAAUAAUAAUAAUAAUAAUUUAACCUCAGUGCGUUUUACUGGUGCUCGUCGUUCCGUGCAGCAGACUGCAUCACUCACCGCACCGAAAGUUUCGUGGCUAUUCAGCAGAAAACCACCCGCCCGACAUGACAACGGCUGACAAACGUGCUGGUACGCGUGCGGCAGUGCAACCGUCGUCGUCGGCCGCCGGCUGCAGCGAAUCCGCGGCCGAGAUGAGCCGCAAGUACCAAACGGCAUUCCAGUCGUUCUCCAUCGAAUCACUGAUCGGCGGCGGCUGCAGCGAGACGCCUCCGCCCGCGGCCGACGCAAACAUUUCGCCGCCGCCGCACUACUUGGACGCGGCCGCCGCGCAACUGCAGCAACGACCGGCGUCGUUGGAAUCGUCGUCGCCGAUGUUGAACUUUGAUUAUCUGAGCGUGUUGCGGUUGCAGUCGGCCGCAGCAGCAGCCGCCGCGGCCGCCGUCGGUAAAUCGUUCGGGCCGCGGUCGCUGUGGCCGUACUUGAGCGACGCGGUCGCGUUUCCCGGGGCGCCGCCGCCGCCACUGCCCCCGCCGCCGCCGCCGCUGUGUUAUCACGAUUACCACCGCCGGCAAUUGCUACGCGACGUCGUCAACCGGACGACUUCUCCGCCGCCGCCGCCGUUUUUCGGACGCGACGCCGCCACCGACGACGACGCGGACUCGGGUGACCCCGCGAAUCGCGACUCGUCAAACGCCUGCACGUCGACUGUCGCCGAUGUGGGCCCCGACGGCGGUGGCGGCUAUGACGACGACGACGACGAUGACGACGAAGACGACGACAACGGCGGCGUCGGCGACGGCGGAUGUGCGAGAGACAAUGGCCGGGACGUUGACGACGACGAGGACGACGAAGACGACGUCGACGACGACCCGCGGUUCGGAAAAUGCCUAAAUGAUAUAGGAAUUAUUCAAACAAGACAAAACACAAUUGCGCAGUCUUUAAAUGAGAACAAGUCUCGCCGAAGAAGAACAGCAUUCACGAGUGGUCAGCUUUUAGAAUUGGAGCGGGAAUUCCAGGCUAAAAAAUACCUAAGUCUAACUGAAAGAUCUGAAAUUGCAAAUUCAUUAAAGCUUAGUGAAGUUCAGGUGAAGAUAUGGUUUCAAAACCGAAGAGCGAAAUGGAAACGGGUCAAGGCAAGCUUGUUAUCCGGGAACGCGUGCGGUAACGAUGGCCAAAAGAGUAAUGCUAGUGUGAAUGCGAUACGCGGCCGAUCGAAAUGUACAAACGGCGUCGUCGGCGGCGGGGCGGGGAAAAUCGUCGUGCCCAUUCCGGUGCAUGUCAAUCGGUUCGUGGUGCGAAGCCGACACCAACAGCUGGAGAAAUGUGCUUCGGGUUUUGCGCAUCUUCGGCGUGACAGUGACGCGGACUUCAAAAUCAAAAGCCGGCUACAGUUGUACACGUCUGCCAUUCUAUAGUCUGGUGUUGACUACGGCCGUUGAGAUCAGCCUUUGAACAGACACAUUAUACUGCGGAGUACCUACAUAAUAAAUUAUAGAUUAUAAUAACAAAGCACGAACUUCGGAAAGAAACUUAAGAUAAAUAAUAAUAAUAAAUAGGUAUAAAUCUCGAUAUAAGAACAUUCACCUAUACGUAUAAUGUUAUUACAAUCGCAGUGACAUUUCAGACGGUUUUAAAAUAGGUUAGUACUUGAUACCUUUUUCAAACUUCGGUAUACUAAUAUAAUUUAAUAAAUAUUAUAAGUAGGUAACCUAUGUUGAUAUUUUACAUUUUUGUACAUAAGAUAAUAAAAAUAUCUUAGUCAAUAGGAAAUUUACAAAUACAAUCAAAACUAUAUACUAUAUUAACUAUAUUUUAAUAAUACGUUGUUUUAGGUUAUUUUAAAUAUUCCAAUAACAGUUUUUAGGUAUAAAUGAUAUAAUAUGUUAUAUAUUAUAAUACAACAAUUAAAAUAUAAAAAACACCUUCUUAUGGUGAAAUAAUUCGUUAAAAAUAAAUCUUAAAAAUUAUGGUAAUCUUAUUUAUGAAUUAAAUCCGCUUAAAAAGUUUAAAUCCUCCUUAAUCCAAGUCCUCCGGUUUUUUCAGGCGAUUAGAUUUAAAACACUCUUUUUUACAACUGCAGUGUUGUCUCGGUUUUGUACAAACAUAAAGUAUAGCAAAUUUGCAUUAUUUGCUUUUACAUUCAGGAGAAUCGAUUUUAUGUAAUUAAUAUUAAAGUUAAUUUAACUUUUAUCGAACUUAAAUUUAAGAACGUUAUUUAUGUUUAUACGUUCACGUUGGUUUAUUAUGACUUAUGAGUACUUUUUUUUUAAAUAUUUCACAUAAGUAUAUUACUCAUAACUCAAAAUUAAAGUAUUAUAAAAAAUAACCAACGUAUAGAAUGUUUUUACCUAUAGACUAAAUAAAUCAAUUCGCUCUAGUAUUAAAAAUAUAACACACAAUUUUUUUUAUUGGUAGUAAAUUUACUUUUUGUCGGACCUACAUUUGGAAGUCGAAAAAACAUACAUGAGUGAUUUGGCGUCCAAUAAUAAUUAACUAUUUCUUUCUUUUUAUAUUAACUAAUGUAAUUGUUUUUUUAUACAAAUAGCAGAUAUUCUUUGAUUUUCUAUUGAUAAAACAAUAGCAAAACUACGAUAAAUUGAUUUUAAAUACAAUAAUGUAAAUAAUGUAUAUGAAGUGUAGAGAACGAACUAGAAUUUUUUCAAGGAAUUAGAUUUAUUAGAGAUUUUAACAGUAACAGACAAACACUCAUAUAGCAAUUAUUGACUCAUAAAGGUCAUUUCAUUACUCAUUUUGUGAUUAUAUUAACAUUUUACUUAAUGUCGACAGUUAAAUGUUAUGGCAAUAUGCCAUAUAUACUCCGAUAAGAAUAAAUUUUGAAAUAAGUUUUUGCUUCAUCUCAACAUGUAAGGUCCUAUAGAUACUAUGUACAAAAUGACUAGAGCAUAGUUUUUUUUUAAAUAUUAUUAAGUAAACACUCUUAAACUUUUUGUAUAAAGAAUUUCUACACCAUUUAAAAUAUUAAAGAGUUUGAGCUUAACGAAUUUAAUUUAUAUCAUAAUAUUGUCAUCACUUCGAAAGUUUGAAUCCCGAGGUGGACCAGAUAUGAAGUUAAAAUAUUACAAAAUAUAGGAAUUCACACUGUAUAAUGAACUAUUAAAUUUAGUUAUUUGUAUAAAUAUGUUUAUUUAAUAACUUAUUAGUUAUUAUUAUUGUGAUUUGUAUCUGUAAAAAAUAUAGCAAAUAUAAGAUCUUAUAUUUUUAAUUUAGGUAGGUACUAGGCAGUUAAUUUUUACAAAUAGAACAAAUUAUUUAUUUAAUUAAUCGUCAAAAACAUACAAAUAGUAUUUUGGUGAUUAGUGUAGAACAUUGUAGACGAAUGUAAACACGAAAAUUAUAUUUAACGAUUAUAUUCAAUAUGCUCUACCAGAAGGCGUACCUAGUACCUACCUUAUACCUAUCUAUAUAUUAUACAAAAUGCGUAUUAUGUUUAAAGUACAUAAAUAUUUUUAUAAUUCUAUUCUCUCUUUUUUUUAAUAAAAUAAUAUCAUGCGGUAUACGCAUAAUACAUAUAUAUAUGUUUGAAUUUUGA